AUGCCGUGGAGCAGGUGUGGUUGCGUCGUUGUCCUCGUGCUGGUUUGGGAAAUCGCUGCCAGCUGUUUGGGCGAAGAUUGCGCGAAAGAAGAGACAGAGCUGGUGCAAGUUUCCAGGCCUUGGAAGCGUUCUGGAUGGUGGGCACGUGGCAAGGGUUAUGGCUAUGGGAGCAAGGACAACGAUGAUGGCGACGACGGCGACGACCCCUCCCCUUCCGAUCCUUCUGACGGUGUUGCCUGCACGUACAGCAGGACUUAUAGGUACCCUGCGGACGUACUUCAAGUCGCCACUCCGGAUGAUACCACAGAGAUGAUCAGUCGAUGUUCAAGUGCAGGAGUUGCUUAUGUGAACACCUCAGAAGACGCCACAUGCAUCAUCAACUCCAAUGGAGACGGGUAUGACUACGGCAAUGUUGCAGACACCAGUGCAUGCCCUUACCCGGCUGGGGCCACGCCAUGGAUGUCGAAUGCCGAGUGCCUCAGCAAUUACACGAAAUGGAUCGCCAAGGGAGCCACAGAAGUCACGUUGGCAGACGGUACCACUGCCAUGACCGGCAUUGGCCAUGGAGUCUUAGAUGGGGUUCGUGGCUUGUGUGCAAUCAUCUACUACGAAGUGACCGGCAAAACAGUGGUGAUAUUCCAAGUGGACAUCCGCUCCUGGUCAUUGGAAAUGACGUUAGCCACAUGGCAGUACUUGACAGAGAUCACAGAUGCAGGCAACACAUGUAUUAUACCCACGGUAACAUCCAUCAACUGCACGGAUGUGCCUUUCAUGACAGAAUAG